CUUAAGAAAGAGUUUGAUGGUAGUUCUCGGGUUAAAGGUAACAAGAUUGUAACCCUCAAAAGACAAUUUGAAAUGCUGAAAAUGCAGGAGAUAGAGGCAGUCCAUCAAUAUACAAAUAAAUUGAUGGAUGUUGUCAACCGAAUCAGACUUCAUGGUGAGGAAUUUCCAGAUCGAAGGGUGGUGGAAAAGAUUAUUGUUAGUAUACCAGAUAAAUUUGAGUCUAAGAUUUCUGCCAUAGAGGAAUCUUGUGACCUCAAAGAGCUAACCAUCAUUGAGCUUAUAAGCAAGCUUCAAGCUCAUGAGCAAAGGCUGGUUAUGAAAACUGAUGAAACUACAGAAGGAGCCUUCCUUGCAAGGCAAAAAGGCAAACAACCAGCCAUUAGUUCUGAAAGCAAUAAGACCAUGGGUUUUAACCAAGCAUAUCAACAGCAUCAGCAAAGUAGAAAAGGGAGCUGGUUUGUUGAUAGUGGAUGCACUAAUCAUAUGGCCCGGGAUGAAAAUUUCUUCAUUGAAAUGGACAAAUCAGUUAUUACAAAUGUCAAGUUAGGAAAUGGUACUGUGGUGAGAUCACAAGGGAAAGGUACUGCUGUUAUUCAAACUAAAACAGGCAAGAUGCAUAAGUUGCCUUUUCCUGUGAAUAAAUCUUUUAGAGCAACUCAGAAGCUUGAACUGGUGCAUACGGAUAUUUGUGGCCCUAUGAGAACACCAUCUCUCAGCCAAAACAGAUAUUUCAUCCUCUUUAUUGAUGACUUUACAAGAAUGACAUGGGUAUACUUUCUUGGCAGCAAAGGGCAAGCCUUGCCUGUGUUCAAAAAAUUCAAAGCUUUGGUUGAAAACCAAAGUGGAUGCAGAAUUAAGAAGCUCAGAUCGGAUAAUGGCAAGGAGUAUACCUCCAAUGAUUUCAAUUUGUUUUGUGAAGAAGCUGGUGUUGAUCAUCAAUUGACAGUGUCUUAUACUCCACAGCAGAAUGGCAUUGCAGAGAGGAAAAAUAGAACUGUUAUGGAGAUGGCAAGGUGCAUGUUAGCAGAGAAGAAAUUGCCUAAAUGUUUUUGGGCUGAAGCAGUUUAUACAGCUGUCUAUCUCUUACAUGGUCUACCAACAAAGGCAGUAAAAGGCAUGACACCUAUUGAGGCUUGGUAUGGUAAAAAACCAUCAGCUGAUCACUUGAAGCAUGGUAGGACCAAACACAUCAAGAUUAAAUAUCAUGUUAUUAGAAAUUAUGUUCGGGACAAAGAAAUUGUUUUGCAACAUUGUGAUUCUGAAGUUCAAGUUGCAGAUAUUCUGACGAAGGCUCUUCCAAGGCAGAAAUUUGAAGAGUUCAGAGAUAUGCUUGGAGUUACAAAUAUAAAAAGCGAGGAGGAGUGUUGAAAAUAUCAGUUAACAACAGUUAUGCUUUUUUAAUUUAUAACUGUUUCUUUAGUUUUUUUUGCAGUUAAGCUCUAGUUUCUGGUAGUUUUUUUUCUUUUGCAAAACUGAUAUGUACAUGCUGUAUGUAUUUUUCAGCAACUCUUAUAUCUCAUUUAAUUGGAAAUUAAAAAGAGAGCUCCAUAUCAGAGAAGCUCUUGUUCUGCAAUAUUUUGGUUCUGCAUUUUUUGUAUUCUUUUUACUUAAUUGCAGAAACUUACAGUUAUUUACUUGGAAGUAUAUCUUUGUAAAAUUUGUAUUAAAAUCAUUGUAAAAUGAAUAUUUCUAAUCAUA